CACAGCACUGCAGCAGUUCCCGUUGAUCUUCUCCUUCUGUAGUUUGCUUGUGUAGCUGUUUCUGAGAGCUGUCCUUUCACCAAUCUGCAAUCAUGUCUGAGACACCUUCAUAUGCAGGAUUUUUCGGCGUCAUGGGAGCCACCUCUGCCAUGGUGUUCAGCGCUCUCGGUGCUGCCUACGGCACUGCUAAGAGUGGAACUGGUAUCGCUGCCAUGAGUGUGAUGCGUCCCGAGUUGAUCAUGAAGUCUAUCAUUCCCGUUGUCAUGGCUGGUAUCAUUGCUAUCUAUGGCCUUGUCGUGGCUGUGCUCAUCGGUAACGGACUGUCUGCCACUGACUACUCCCUGUUCAAGAGCUUCACUGACUUGGGAGCCGGACUCAGCGUCGGACUCAGUGGUCUUGCUGCCGGUUUCGCCAUCGGCAUCGUCGGCGACUCUGGCGUGCGUGGUACUGCCCAGCAGCCCCGUCUCUUUGUCGGUAUGAUCCUCAUCCUUAUCUUUGCUGAAGUCUUAGGUCUUUAUGGUCUUAUCGUUGCUCUCAUUCUGUCCACCAAGGGCAAGUAAAUAGCCCUUAGACUAGCUUUUUUUGCUGGUGAGAAUUGCUCUUUUUAUUAUAUAUAUUUUUUAGUUCUUGCCGCUUGCCAGCUUCCAUGGUGUGCACGGCUAUUGUCAUUUGAAGUGCCAUCUGGGCUUUGGACUAUCUCAUGGUGGCCAGCACCAUAUAUGUAGAUCGUGUAGCGCCUGGCCCAGGGAUUGAACUGUGGUCACGUUUAUGUUCUAAAUUCUUACUUGAUCCGAGUGCGAAGUGCUAUCCCUUGCUUUUUUGCGCUGGCAGCACUGCGGUAUGGCAUCGACCAUGGUUGUACAGUUUCACUUCCCCGCUGCCUCGAGUUAUUUCUGCAUCCGACGAUGCAUUUAUUAGUUCUGUACAAAGGAUUUUGGUUGCUGAUUGCAACAGCGCUUCAUUUGCUCUUUUGCUUUCCAUCCGCGCUGUAGUGUAAUAAUUUUUGUUAGUAAUUAUUUUUGGCACUUUGUUGAUGCAGGUGUCCACAACCGUUUACCACAGCUUACUUUUUCCAGCGUCUUGGAUGAGUGGUGAAUGUUUUUGUUACUGUGAAGUAAAGCUGCACAUCUGAAAUCAGAUCAUGUCAGAGAGGACUUGCUCUUCA